AAGUUUAUUUUGAGUGUUUCAGGCAUCCUCAUCCCAGAGGAAUGCGCAACGUUCAGCCACGCAGAACAUCGGGCCUAAUGCGCGUUCAGAUCUUCGCGCGACAUAAAAAAACAUCAGAGUCGGUUUCGUCGCGUGCCAUGUAGGCGGUUAAAAUGUCAGUGUUUCCGGUCAAAAUCACGACUCUUAAAUUCGAUAAAUAGCGGUUACGUGUGGAAAAGGGAGGUGCGCGAACCAAAACGAAAAACGAGUAAUCGCCUGUUUCACGCGCCCUGCUGAAGAAACAGGAAGCGGAGAAGAUCUGCUCACCUGCACCGGACCGAAUGGAACAUUCGCAGUGGAUUUAGGCUCUGCUUUGGACCGCGUACACUGAUUCAGCCUGCCUGUUGUUUUUGAAGCUCAAGUCGACGCAUACACAACUUUUAGCACGGUUUCUGUGAAACCUAUCGGACAGACGUUUGAAGCUCGGCCACUGCUGGAUUAAUCGGCUUUGAAGAUGCAGCAUCCUCUUCCAGCCAUCAUGGAGCCAACUGCAAAAUAAUAGACCUUUAGAAAAACAGGUUCCCAUGGUUUGGCUCCGGUGUGCUAUCUGCCAUGCCUCCCGCCAAGACAGAUCAGCUGGAUCAGUGGGCGGAGUCGGGGCUGGAUGAAGAUGACCAGGUGAUAGUGGACUUCCUGUUGCCCACAGGAGUCUACAUCCAGAUGGAGGUUCCUCGGGAGAGCACUAUCCAACACAUCAAACUGCUGUUAUGGAAGGAGGCACAGACGUACCCUCUCUUCUCCCUGCUGGGGGAGAUGGAGGGUCACAUGUUUGAAUGUGUGAAUCAGGCAGCAGUGCACGAGGAACUGGAGGAUGAAAGCAGGCGACUGUGCGAUGUGCGCCCCUUCUUGCCGGUCCUAAAACUUAUCACACGCAACUGUGGACGUGCAGAGCGCCUUUUAGACUCUAAAAUCGGAGUGCUGAUCGGGAAAGGUCUUCACGAGCUAGACGCCCUGCAAGACCAGGAAGUGAAGGACUUCCGUUCCAAAAUGAAACGAAUCAGCGAGGAGAGGAUGCAGCAAAUGCAGCUGAUGUCCUGGGAGGACUGGCUCCGGUGCUGUUAUUCCCCACAGCUGGAGACAGGGUCUGUGGAGAAUUUGAUUGACAAGCAUGAAGGCGGGAUCAAAAUCACCAUGCAUCAUGACCAGUCACAGGACACAACCAGUUUGAAUGUGUCCUUGAACUGUACAGUAACUGAACUUAUGGAUCAGGCUCUUAAGAAAUUGCAGACCACCCGAAGAGAGUAUGUGUUACGUGUCAGCGACAAACUGGAGUUCCUAUUCGAAGAUCACCCUCUCAAUCAGUACAAAUACAUCAGGACUUGUUUGUUGGCUAAAGAGAGUCCUCAUCUGACGAUGGUUCACUGCAGUUUCAUAAAGGACUUGUUUGAGAAGGAAGUCAGUACUAUCGGAUCAGUGCUAGCACGCAAGAUGUCAAACCCUCCUCUUCCGUUGCCCCCGAAGAAGAGAGCUCCAACUCUGUUGCAUACGUGUGUUUGGAAGGUUCCAAAUGCACAUAUGUUUCGAAUUAAUCUUGUGAAGGGGAUUAAAGUCAAUGCUGAAGAUACUGCUAAGAUCCAGGUUCGAGCAGGGCUGUUUCACGGUACGGAGCUCUUGUGUAAGACAGCAGUCAGCAGUGAAAGCAGUAGUCGAUCUGAGCAUGAAUGGAACGCAACACUGGAGUUUGAAAUUGCUGUUUGUGACCUGCCACGGAUGGCGCGCCUCUGUUUUGCCAUUUACGCGGUCAUGGACAAAGUGAAGAAACAGAAAUCCACCAAGAACACACACCUUAACAAAUACCAAACCAUUCGCAAAGCAGGGAAAGUGCACUACCCAAUUGCAUGGGUGAACACAAUGGUGUUUGACUAUAGAGGACAACUGAAGACUGGAGACAUGAUCCUGCAUUGCUGGUCCUCAUUUCCUGAUGAACUGGAAGAAAUGUUGAACCCCAUUGGGACGAUUCAGACCAAUCCAUACACUGAGAAUGCCACGGAACUACACAUAAGCUUCCAUAUGUACUCAACACAACCUGUUGUAUUUCCUCCAUUUGACAAGAUACUGGAAAAAGCUGCCGACAUUGUUGGAGCCAGUGAUUCCAUGACAAUGGGUCGUGGAGGUAAGAAGUUUUAUAUCGAGCUUAAAGAGAUCAUGGAGAGAGAUCCGCUCUCUCAGUUGUGUGAGAAUGAGAAGGAUCUGAUAUGGACACUGCGUUAUGACUGCAGAGAAAACUUCCCUCAGUCUCUCCCUAAACUGCUGCUGUCUGUCAAAUGGAGCAAACACGAAGAUAUGGCUCAGCUGCAAGCGCUGUUGCAGAUUUGGCCCAAGCUGAGCCCUCGAGAUGCUCUAGAGCUCCUGGACUUUAACUACCCUGACCAGUAUGUCCGAGAAUUUGCUGUCAACUGCCUCAAAGAUAUGAGUGAUGAUGAGCUGUUGCAGUAUUUGCUGCAGUUGGUGCAGGUGUUGCGUUAUGAGCCGUACUAUGACUGUGCCCUCAGCCGUUUCCUCCUGGACCGCGCUCAGACCAGCCGUAAAAUCGGCCAUUUCCUCUUCUGGCAUCUCAGGUCUGAGAUGCACAUUUCAGCUGUAUCCGUUCAUUUCGCUCUGAUUUUGGAAGCGUAUUGCAGAGGCAGUAUUCCACACAUAGAAGUUCUCAAAAAACAGGUUGAAGCUCUUAAUAAGCUGAAAGCAGUUAAUGAGCUGAUUAAGCUGGGCACCAUAAAAACCAAGAACAAAACGAAAGAUGCCCAUCUUAAAGAGGCAAUGAUGACGUGCCUUAGACAGACAGGCUUCAUCGAGACACUUUCUGACCUGCAGUCUCCACUCAAUCCCAGCAUACUAUUCGCUGGAGUCAACGUGGAGAAGUGCAGGUACAUGGAUUCAAAGAUGAAACCACUGUGGAUUGUGUACAAUAACAAGCUGUUGACUGGAGACACCCUGGGCAUCAUCUUUAAAAAUGGAGAUGACCUGAGACAGGACAUGUUGACUCUUCAAAUAUUGAGAUUAAUGGAUCUACUGUGGAAAGAGGCCAACUUGGAUCUAAGAAUUGUGCCUUAUGGUUGCUUGGCAACCGGUGAUCACUCUGGUCUAAUUGAGGUUGUGUCUUCAGCGGAUACUAUCGCCAACAUCCAAAAAACAAGCAGCAACAUGGCUGCCGCAGCUGCCUUCAAUAAAGAUGCUCUACUGAAUUGGCUCAAAGACAAGAACUCUGGUGAUGCUUUGGAGAAAGCCAUUGAAGAGUUCACUCUGUCAUGUGCUGGUUAUUGCGUUGCCACCUACGUCUUGGGCAUUGGUGAUCGCCAUAGCGACAACAUCAUGGUUCGCAGUACAGGGCAGCUCUUUCACAUAGACUUUGGACACAUCCUGGGGAAUUUUAAGUCUAAGUUUGGAAUUAAGCGCGAGCGCGUUCCUUUCAUCCUCACACAUGACUUCAUCCACGUGAUUCAGCAGGGAAAAACUGGCAACACAGAGAAAUUUGGAAAUUUUAGGCAGUACUGUGAAGAGGCGUAUCUGAUUUUAAGGAGAAAUGGAAAUUUGUUCAUCACACUCUUUGCGUUAAUGCUCACAGCAGGCCUGCCAGAGCUCACAUCUGUCAAAGAUAUCCAGUAUUUAAAGGACUCUCUGGCGUUGGGUAAAACAGAUGAGGAAGCCCUUAAACAGUUUCGUCAGAAGUUUGAUGAAGCCCUGAGAGAAAGUUGGACCACCAAAGUCAACUGGAUGGCUCACAAUGUGGCUCACCCUUCGUAACCCAGUUACACACAUCAGACUCCAAACUGAAGUCAGGGUAAACAGGAAAUGUAAAACUGUUCACACAAACAAACAAACAAACACAGUUUAUUUAUAGUCUUAAUAUAUGGCCACGUGGAACAUACUGAUCUGAAGCAUUCUGUGGUGUAGAGAUCUUUAAUACUAAACCACUUUCUACAGCUUAUUGUCCUGUUGGAUAUCAACCCUGACUUGACAUUGUUAUAUGGGAUGUAAUAGUCUUAAAGAAGGGAACAAAAGACAAAAGAAUAACUCCAGUCGGUCCUUAUAGUAAGAAACGGGAGUUUCUGAACCAUGUGAUCCAGUUUGUGGCAGUGAUUGGACACCACAGGUUUUGCCUUCAGACUUAAUACAUAGACGUUUUAACGCACCGGGACUCACAGGCGUUUGGAGACGGACCAAUCAGAGCACAAACGUAGAAGAAGUGCAUCUUAUCCUACCAAUCCAAUACUAAACGUGUGCCUCACUGCACAAGAAAUGUUUUGUCUGUAAUUGUUUUUGUUUUUGAAAAACUGUAUGUGCCAGACUACUUUAUCAUGAUAAAUUGUUUUCAAAACACUGGAAUAAUGUAAUAGAUUAUACAGACUUAUGGGUUUUAAGCCUUUUAAUGGUAUAGCACUGUUCCUAUAGUCACCAGAGGUGGACAUUCCUGGUCCUGGAGGGCCACUGUCCUGCAAAGUAAAGCUCCAACCCUAAUUAAACACACCUGAAAAAUCUCCUCAAAGGCUGCAGGAUGACUUGGAAUGGCAUUCAGGUGUGUUUAGUAAGGGUUGGAGCUAAACUUUGCAGGACGGUGGCCCUCCAGGACCAGGAAUGCCCACCUCUGGUGAAGUGGAAAUGGAUUGCUGUAAUAGAUUGUUGAGGCAAGCACACACACAUUUUCACUGGAGGUAUUUUGAACUACAACACUGUUUGGGUUAAAUGUCUUCCCCUGUACCUCCUUUUUUCUCUCUGUGUAGCCCCCAGAUAAAUGUCAGCAUAGAUUUUAGGUACCUAAUUCAGGUGUUCACAUUUUUGAGAUUCCAUUUGACAUUUAGAUGGGUUAUUUUUUUUGACUGCAUAUCAAAACUAACAAUUUCAGUAUACAAAUGCAGUACACAAAAUACAGAGAAGACAUAAAGGGAGGUUAAAAAACUUCAGUGUACUGAUGAGCAGUAGUAAUCACUGAUUUAUGCUUUUUUUUAAACACAAGACAGUAAUAAAAUCUGCUGAUAAUAUGAUUUAUGUCUUUAGUGCUGCUUGUGCUGGAAACGAAUGUUUGUGUGCAAAUAAGAGGAUAGAUGUACUGUGACAUAAUGAGAUUAUUGAAAGGAAAGAAAAUAUUUUAAUACCAACAUUGAGAGAAUUAUUGACAUUUACUGUCCUUGAGUGAAUAUAAGAGAAAGAUAUGCGUCUAUAAUAUAAGUGAGAUUUUAUACUAAAUAUAGAUAUAUCUGAAUGUCUGAAAUUUUAUGUUUUUGAGGGGAUGUUUUGAUAAUAGUGCAAUAAACAAAAUGUUAAUGUACAAAUGUAGACACAUUAUAUGCGUGUGCCCAUGCUGCUGUAUGUUACACUGCUGAUCUUUUGUUUUUACAGACUUUUAAUACAGGCUUUGCUCUGUCUUGCCAAUUUCCUAGAAAUACAAUUAAAGGUAAUUUUCAUUCAGCCUUA